AUGACGCCGUCUAUGACAGAAGCCUCCAAGCCGGGCUGGAGUUUGCCGGGAGACCUCGCGCUGCCUGAGGACGCCCAGAUCAGCUACAUCAAAGUUGACGGUACUGUCCCUUGGUACUCUCUAUUUCCCUGCCACUACGGCGAUCUUCCGUCUGACAACUCCCGAGCAGGCCGCACACGCUUCGAACGCUUAUUUCUCAUCGGCAAGUGCUCAACGGUCCUCUCGUCCGACGCCCUCAGAUUAGCAGUCGCCGAAGCCAAAUCCGGCAAAGACGUCAAGCGAUACGAGCUUGCUAUCCAGGCAUUCAGCCAAGUCGCGCCGAGCGAUCCCGAUGCAGCUUUUGACAAGCAGUGGUUCGAGGCCACGAAGCAGACAGUGCGCGCAGAGACCGAUAAACUGGAGCACGAGUUGAAGGGAUAUAAAAAUAAUCUAAUCAAGGAGAGCAUACGAAUGGGCACCGACGACCUGGCUUCACAUUAUCACGCCACGGGCGACCUGGCCUCAGCUUCCAAAGCCUAUGCCCGUCUGAAAGACAACUGCACUACACCCAGCCACUUUGCAGCCAUGCACCUCAAAAACAUCAACGUCGCUAUUGACCGUGGCGACUGGCUCGGCGUCCAGCAGGCCGUUGCUCGAUACAAGUCAGGCCCAAAGCCAGAGGACGAACAAAGCAAAAACUCACCCAAAAUAUGCGCCGCAGCAGGACUAGCGCUGCUCGGGCAGGGAAACUAUCUCGACGCCGCACACCAGUUUUUAGCUGCUGAGCCCACUCUGGGCGACACGUACAACGAAGUCCUCACCGCAAAUGAUGUAGCCGUGUACGGCGGACUGUGCGCACUAGCCUCCAUGGAUCGAAUCGAGCUGCAGCGGCGGGUGCUGGAAAACAACCAAUUCCGGAAUUACCUCGAGUUAGAGCCUCAUAUUCGCCGCGCCAUCUCGUUUUUUUGCAGCUCCAAGUUUCGGUCCUGCCUAGAUAUCCUGGAAGAGUAUCGUGCUGAUUACUUGCUGGACAUUCACCUCCAGCGCCACAUUCCCGGAUUGUACACUCAGAUCCGCACAAAGUCUAUCCAGCAAUAUGCAGUGCCCUUCAGCCGAGUGUCGCUGGAGGCGAUGGCCAAGGUCUUUGCGCCAGAGGUUGUAGGCGGUAUUGCGGCGCCCACAGACAUCAGUUCUCCGUUUGUGCAGGAGCUGAUUAGACUGAUUGAAAACGGCACGCUGGACGCGCGCAUCGAUCUGGAGAAAGGCUUGCUGGUGUCGAAGCACACGGAUCCGCGCAGGGAUGUCAUCAAGGAGGCGCUGGAGAGUGUACAGGAGUACGUGAAUGAGGCGCAUUUGCGGCUUAUUAGGACAAAUAUCAUCAACGCUGGGCUGGAGGUGCGUGCGCCAGCAGCCAUGACGGAUGAGGGCGUGUUGGGUUGGAGUUGA